CCCAUGAAGAGCCCACAACGUCCACUUUGUGGGUAGCUUGCUUUUGCUAUUGCUAGAGUUAGGGUUCCACUUCCACCUCCCCUCCUCUCUCGCCGUCGCCGUCGCCGUCGCCGCCGCACAGCACAGCAGGGACCUCACCGGAGUGGGUGAAGGAUGAGGCCGGUGUUCUGCGGCAACUUCGACUACGAGACGCGGCAGUCGGAUCUGGAGCGCCUCUUCUCAAAGUACGGACCCAUCCGCCGCAUCGACAUGAAAUCCGGCUACGCCUUUGUCUACUUCCAAGACGAGCGCGACGCCGAGGAUGCAAUAAGGCGCCUCAGCAACGCCGAGUUCGGCCAGACCAGCCGCAGGCUCUCCGUCGAAUGGUCAAGGCAAGAGGAGCCGGUCCCCAAGAACCGCGACAGGCCUACAGGGGCAGAUGCAAAGCCCACCAGGACGCUCUUUGUUAUCAACUUUGACCCCAUCCGCACCAAAGUCGUCGACAUCGAGAGGCAUUUUGAGCCCUACGGCAAGAUUGCAAACAUUCGUAUCCGCAAGAACUUUGCUUUCGUGCAGUACGAGGCGCAGGAGGACGCCAGCGUAGCCGUCAACAAGACCGACAAGAGCACGAUAUUGGACAGGGUAGUGACGGUUGAAUACGCCUUCCGGGAUGAUGACAAUGAAAGAGAUGACAGACAUGGCAGUCCCAGGCGAGGCGGUGACAGAUACGGCAGCCCGAGACGAGGGGGUGACAGAUAUGGCAGUCCCAGACGAGGCGGUGACAGAUAUGGCAGUCCAAAAAGAGCUGACCAGGGCAGGCGUCCCUACGUGCGGUCCCCUAGCCCUAGGUACCGAAGGGAUUACAGUCCAGAUUACGAUCGCCGUCCACGUAAUUCUGGGUAUGAUCGCCGCGAUGGAGCACCCUAUGGUAGGAGCCGAAGCCCUGUGUAUGAUCGUUAUGAAAGAGGCAGGAGCCCCGGCUAUGGUCGUUAUUAGGGUGGAUUGAUUUCCAAGGAUCACAAAGGAAGGAACCCCAGGGAGUAAGGAGGACCCUUUUCGGCCGUGUUCUAUUUUUUUUCAUAUCAACACCACCUUGUGUAUUUGAGACGGAUAGUUCAUAUCAGAGGUGGGAUCAUCAAGCUGCUGUUUUAAGCGAUUGUAUGCGGUUAUGCCUCUUAAUGGCCUCUUGACAAACUAUGACGGUGAAUCCCUAUGCAUUUCCCAUCUGACUCUUUGGAGAAGUAGUUUGUUUGUUUGUCUGUUUGUUUGUUGUGAUGAUCGAUCCCUGUAUGGUAUUGGUAUUGGUAUUGGUAUU